UCAGUAUAUAAGAAAAAAACAAACCGGUUGUCUUUCUUGUAUUUUCUUUGCUCGCUGUUAGACAAUUGAAAACUGAUUCUGGAAACAAUAGAAUGGCAAAGUUUUUAGUCUGUGUUUUCAUUGUGUCGGUAUCAAUAGAGCUUGGGCUGACUGUGUCCUUGUCUACCAUAGAUUGUCCUCUCAGGAAAUGUCCAUCCACGAACUGUACGCAAGGCUUUCUUGAAGAUGCCAGCGGUUGUCCAACAUGCGAAUUUAGACCAUCAUGUCCACCAUCGUUCUGUCAUCUCAUGGCAUGCAACAAAGAGAUUGUCACUGACCCCAACGGUUGCACUUUCUGUAGAUGUUUGCCACAGCCAUGCCCAGCCAUUGACUGUCGGCCAGAAGUCAUUUGCGAACAUGGUUUCAUGAAAGAUCCCGAUGGAUGUGAUACCUGCACCUGCAAACCAAACUGUCAGCCCGCAGUGUGUCCACUUCUCAAGUGUGCGUUUGGACUUGCGACUGACGCCAACGGUUGCAGUAUCUGCAAAUGUAAAUAUUGCCCACCACCAGCGGACUGCAUAUGCCUGUAUGGGACCAAUUGGCAUUACACUGAUGGCUGCAGAGUGUGUACCUGCCAGCCUCGUAUCACUGAAACGCCUCAUAUAUGAGAAAAAAUCAAAACACUUUAUUACCACGAACAGAUGUACAUCGUCUGAAUAAAGAAUAAAAAUCGUU